AUGGGUGUUGCGGAGGCUUAUAUCGCAUAUCGUGGCAUGAGGAAAGCUUUCCAAGACCCGCUCUCAAACUACAUUGUGAUGUACUGCCUGAAGUCGAUUUUCUGGCCUGCGGCCUCCUUCAACCGAAAUCGGGACCAGAUAUUCGCAGUCAACAUUCUGAUCUCUGCCAUCGCAAAGCUGCCAUCGACUCAAGUAUGA